AUGUCUCGAAAGACAGACAAAAUCCAUUCCACAGCUUUUCUUGACGCCCUGAGAGGCUAUGCCGCUUGCGUCGUUUUCGCAGGCCACCUCCUCGGCUAUCCAGCGGCGAUACAGUACCCGUUCAUCCGAAUUCUCACAUCUAACCGUGGCAUGGUCGAUCUGUUCUUCGUCAUCUCAGGCUAUGUGCUGAGUUUCCGGAUGCUUAAGAUGAUGCGACAGCGAGACGCUGGGAAUUUUCUACAGACACUGGCGUCAUCUACAUUUCGGCGGUUCUUGCGCCUGUAUGUCCCCACGGGCAUAGCUACAUUCAUAGCGAUGCUGGGCGUCUAUAUGGGUAGAAUCCCUACCGCCGCGAAGCUCGCAACCUUUCAGCUGCAGCUCUGGGACUGGAUCAUCGACACUUUCUUCGCCAGCAGCCCGUUUGCUGAUCUGAAGGGAUGGUGGUAUCCGGGACUCUUCCGCACCAAAUACCUGGACCAGAUGUGGACCAUCCCUGUCGAGUUUCGGGGUAGCAUGGUUCUUUUCACAUUCUGUGCGGCAAGUUGUAAGCUGUCUGUGAGAGGAAGGAUGAUCUUCACUUGGAUCGCAAUACUGGCCUGCUACUGCUGGAAUGUAAUAUACGUGGCGCUAUUCCUGUUGGGGUUGUUUGUGGCAGAGUUAUCGUUGGAAUGGAGCAAAGCAGCACGCCAGGUGCAACACCAUAACAGACUGGAAUUCCCGACAGCACGAAGACGACUGGCUCGAUCAGGUGUCCCUAACGCCAUGCUCGUCUGCAUUUUCGUCUUCUCGCUGUUCCUUCUCAGCCAGCCGCACGAGCCAGGCUUUGGCAGCGACGGCCCUUUCCCUUGGCAGUACCUCACUCGGCUAACUCCCAGCUGGUAUGGUGGUCCUGGAGAACCGAAAGAACACUUCUGGCUCAGCAUCGGCGCUUUUCUGCUCGUUUUCUCCCUCGAAUUCUACCCGGUCCUCCAAACACCUCUCCGGUGGAAAUUCUCACUUUAUCUAGGCGACCUGUCCUUCGGAUUGUACGCCAUGCAUCCCAUUGUGAUCUGGGUACUGUAUCUACCCAUCUUGGAACCGUAUAGCCUGGUUUACAUAGGAAGCUCCGGCUGGGCGCGCAUCCCAGCGGUUGUGAUCACUGCCUUUGUAGUGCUUUGGGUGGCCGACUACUUUGAAAGAAUCGAUAGAAGAGUCGUGCAAUUGGGGAGAUGGCUGCAAGGCAGAACUUUUGUUAACUGGGAACUAUGA